GUUGAAUCUGCAGUUAGCCUGACAGCCUCCGGGUUGGGGAAAGCUUCAGAGGAAAAGACAAGGCAAAGAGGCAAGUAGCAAAAGAUGAGAAUAUACAGAAAGAAGCAAGUAGUUGGGUUGGUCAUACGUCGCAUCAAUCGCUUCUCCCACGGCCCGACUCCUAACCUUCGCCUCACUAAUCAGCUGGGGUUUGCUUCAUUGCGGUCAACCACUCAACCAGGAUACUGUGUCGUCUAAUUGCAAAUGGAUCGCCAUUCAAGUACUACACAAAGUGACCUGGAGCGCAUGCUUUGGGAUGAAAAGGUAGAACCGAAGGCCCUUCCACUAUCACUGCUGGAAGAUAUCACCAAUGGAUUUUCUGAUGAGCGGGAAAUUGGCAGAGGUGGGUUUGCAGUGGUCUAUAAGGGAAUGCUUGAGAACGGUGCGGCCAUUGCUGUGAAGAGACUAUCUAAGACAUAUAUGUAUGAGAAAGAAUUCCUCCGAGAGGUUGAAUGUCUGAUAAAGGUGAAGCACAAAAAUGUGGUACGGUUUAUUGGAUAUUGUGUUGACUCACAAGGGAGAGCAGACAGCUACAAUGGAAAAUUUGUCAUGGCAGAUGUACUACAAAGAUUGCUCUGCUUUGAGUACCUACCUCAUGGAGCUCUUGAUCAGUACAUCACUGAUGCAUCUACUGGACUUGACUGGAGAAAGCGCUACAAAAUAAUCAAUGGGGUUUGUGAGGGUUUACAUUACCUCCACCAAAAUCGAAUUAUUCACUUGGAUCUUAAACCUCAAAACAUUUUGUUGGAUGAUAAUAUGCUACCAAAAAUUGCUGAUUUUGGUCUAGCAAGGUGCUUUAAUGAAAAGCAAAGUCGCGCUUUCACAACAAAAAUAUGGGGAACGGUGGGAUAUUUGGCACCGGAAUUCAGCAACCGCGAAGUCACAUACCGUUUUGACUUAUACAGUCUUGGCGUCAUAAUCAUAGAGAUACUAACCGGAAAGAGGGGCUAUGAAGAUGUUGAGAAUAUACUUGAAAGUUGGAGUUACAGAUUGGACAAAUCAGAAAGAGACAUACAGCUGGAGCAAGUACGAGUAUGCGCUGAGAUAGGGAUAGAGUGCAUCGAGUCCAACCCAGCGAAAAGACCAGUUAGUGUGCAGCAUAUUAUCACUCGGCUCGAUGAAACAAGAAGUAUGGACAGUUCUAUCGAAGCUGCCGUGACAAGAUCAUCAAGACCACAAGUGGAAGCUGAUUCCGGCGAUCUGCAUUGUGGUGGGCUUAAGGAAAGCUCCGAGAUGAGCUCUGUCUCCGAGCUGGUGGAUGAGGUAAUGUCGGUGGCUGUUUGUGCUACGUCAUCCGACCAACUGCGGCAAAUUAGUCCACCCAAAGGACUAGAAGAGAUGGAUAACGAGGAUUUAUCAUUCUCCAGACCAUCAAGCUUUUUGUUGUAUCGAAGUCCAACUAUGCCAGUCGGACGUACUCACCAGAAGAGGCCGGAUGAGCUGGUCGCCGUGCGGCUUUUGAAAAGCAGGAGCAGUCUGCUGGAGCAUUUCACACUUGACACUCUACGGGCAGCGACGGAGGAGUUCGACGACAACUGUCGGAUCGGGUCCGGGAGAUUCGGGUCGGUAUAUCGCGGCACGCUCCCGGACGGGCGCGAGGUGGCGAUAAAACGGGCCAAGUCUUGGAACCGCGACAUCGAGAUGGCCUUCAACUCGGAGAUGAUUGCUCUGGCGCGCGCCAGCCACGAGAACAUCGUGUGCCUGCUGGGGUGCUGCUCUGAGUCCGGUGAAUGCGUGCUAGUGUACGAGCUCAUGAUCAAUGGCACCCUCUACGACCAGCUCCACAAGCGCAGUCCCAUGGCGGCGCCGGUGCUGUGGUGGCGCGGCCGCCUCACCAUCGCGCUGCACGCCGCGCGCGGCAUCGAGUACAUGCACGUCCACACCGUGCCGCCCAUCAUCCACCGCGACAUCAAGUCCGCCAACAUCCUCCUUGGCAAUUUGUGGAUCGCCAAAGUCACCAACUUGGGGCAAUCCUCUGUCCUCAAUCCCCUCGACGACAACGGUGACAACCCGCAGAAGCAGUGGGGCACGGCGGGGUACAAGGACCCGGAGUACUACCGCUUGCAGCACAUGAUGGACAAGAGUGACGUGUACAGCUUCGGGGUGGUGCUCCUGGAGCUCAUGUCCGGCUGCCAUGUCGUGCAGCGGUAUGCCGAGAGCGUGAUGCCGAAGAACAUUGUCGACUUCGCCGUGCCGCACAUCGUCGCCGACGACGUCGCGCGUGUGCUCGACCCACGUUUGCCCACGCCGACAUCUCACGAGGCCGAGGCCCUCGCCUACGUCGGCUACCUCGCCGCGGACUGCGUCGGCCCCAUCGGACACGAGCGCCCCUCCAUGACCGAGGUCGUGGACGCCCUCGAGCGCGCGGUCGCGGCCUGCUCCACGCCGCCGGUCUCCCCCUAGCGAGGCCGGCAUCGACCGUCACGCACGCAAUGUUGCAUUCAAUCUUGAUUCAUGUACUAUCAUGCACAAUGUAAACAACGAUAAACAAAUGAAUAGAGCUUACAUCUUCCCUUUC